AUGACGCUGAACAUUGUCCAGGAAAUACAAAAACAAAAUGAAAACCAUGUGCAGAAUGAAGAAGGCAAAGAGGAAGAAUUAGCCACGUAUGAUUAUCCCUCCACGGAGAGGAGGAGAAGUAGAAGACUGUUAAGUCUCACAGGAGACAAAGCCAAACUGAUAAAGCAAAAUGGUUAUUCUGGCCUAACGCACGGCACGAAUGGGGGAGAAAUUGCGGGACGCAAUGUGAACUUAAAUACAAUCGUGAAGGUUAAGCUCAAGGAAAGCGCACCAACUAGGGACAGAGACAAAUUGCAAAAGGAGGAGAACAGGGACGCUCAAGAGGGGAGCAAAGGAUGUACUUCCGAGAGGGGGAGCUACAUCAUGGCGGCAAAUAGUGUGAAGAAGAAUACAUUAGUUAAAAAGGUCUCGUUAAAUGGUAACCAGGGGAAGACCUCAAAAGUGAAUAAGAAAAAAAUUGAAAAGGGCGUGGUUGUCGUGGUGGAUAAGAAAAAAAGCGCUCCCUUAAACAAGGGCAACGCGAAUCCGAAGGGAACAAGCGUACAAGGAAUGGCCAACAAAACGCACAGUACAGUGAUCGUGAAGAAGAAGAAAAAGCACCAGGCUGCGUUGAACAGGGCGCCCCUCUUGAGCAACAAGAAGGAGGAGGCGCAAGAGAGCAAAUAUAACUCCUUCAUGGCGUGCAAAAUGAGAAUAGAUAAUAAUAUACAGGAAAAGGAAAAGGAGAAAAUGAAGACGGGGCAGAUAGAGAACGGACAAGUACCGAAGCGAAAAGAACAGAAGGAACCACCCCCCGUGAAGGACAACCUCCCGGGGGACAAGAUAAAAAGCAGAGUUAAUUCCGACUCCAAAGAGGAAUUAUUUCUGCAGAAAAGACUGAAGAUGAGGAAGGAAUCCUUGCCAAAUGGGAAGAAGAGCCAUAGCGAAAGGAGUCACUCAAAUGAGAGUCAAAAAAAAAAAAAAAAAAAAUGA